CUUUGAGAAGAGGCGAAAACACACAGGCGACAUGGCGCAAAAAACGUCCUCUGCAAUUUUCGAAAAUCCCCAAAUGGGGUUCGAAUUCCCUCGUCGGUCCAAAAGAUCUUCAGAAAAUUCCCCAAUUUUUCCCCCGCCCAUUUUUCAGCCCAUACAAAAUCAUCUCAUUUCCCUUCACAAAUUAUCUCACUCUAUUCUAUUAAUCGCAGCACAACCAGAUUUGAGCUUUACUCCAUUUUCAUUUCCUUGUACCGUGAGUUCAAAUUAGUUGGUGAAAGAUGUCGAAAACGGUGAGCCCAGAUGCGGUAUCGAUUAUUCUGGCUAACCCGUGCCCAGACUCUUCUUCAGAUUUGCCGGAGAUUGUUGUACAAGUCGUCGAUCUCAAACCAACUGGCACCAAGUACACGUUCAUGGCGAAUGAUGGGAAAAUGAAGGUGAGAGCUUUGCUGCAAUCUUCUCUGUCAUUGCUAGUGACAUCUGGAAAUAUUCAGAAUCUGGGGCUUAUCCGUGUUCUCGACUGCACUCUCAAUGACAUCCCCACCAAGAAUGAAAAGUUCCUGAUUGUAUCAAAAUGUGAGGCUGUGUCUCCUGCACUUGAGGCAGAGUACAAGGCAGAUGCUGAGGUUGCUUUGAGUCCAGAGCAGGAUACUGUAGUUAAAAGUGAAGCUAGCAGUAUUUUGUUAAAGCCUAAGCAAGAAGCCAUGACAAAAUCAGCUGCACAAAUAGUUCAUGAACAGCAUGGCAAUAUGGCACCAGCUGGACGAAUGGCGAUGACAAGAAGAAUCCACCCACUUGUUUCUUUAAACCCAUACCAAGGAAACUGGACAAUUAAAGUUCGGGUGACUAGCAAAGGAAACAUGCGAUCCUACAAGAAUGCAAGAGGUGAAGGCUGUGUGUUCAAUGUGGAGCUGACUGAUGAAGAUGGCACUCAAAUUCAAGCUACAAUGUUUAAUGAGGCUGCAAGGAAGUUCUUUGAUAAGUUCCAGAUGGGGAAGGUCAUUUACAUAUCCAAGGGUACUCUGAAAGUUGCAAACAAACAGUAUAAGACUGUGCAGAAUGAUUAUGAGAUGACCUUGAAUGAGAAUUCCGUGGUUGAGGAAAUCAAUAGUGAGCCAGCUUUUAUUCCUGAAACCAAAUUCAGUUUUGUCCCGAUUGAUGAACUAGGCCCAUAUGUGAAUGGAAAGGAGCUUGUUGAUGUUGUUGGGGUGGUUCAGAGUGUAUCUCCUACAAUGAGUAUUAGAAGGAAGAGCAACAAUGAGACUGUUCCAAAGCGUGACAUAACCAUAGCUGAUGAGUCGAAGAAAACUGUGGUGGUGUCUCUGUGGGGUGAUCAUGCCACGAAUGUUGGACAAGAGCUGCUCGAUAUGUCUGAUAAAUCUCCUGUGGUUGCUAUUAAGGCUCUCAAAGUUGGUGACUUUCAGGGUGUAUCAUUAUCAGCAGUGAGCAAAAGUGUUAUAGUAGUCAACCCGGAAACCCCAGAAGCCAAAAGGCUGAGAUCUUGGUAUGACUCUGAAGGCAAGGACACUUCUUUGGCUUCUAUUGGUGCUGGCUUAAGCCCUUUGGCAAAAGGUGGAGCAAGAUCCAUGUACUCCGAUAGAGUCUCCCUAUCUCACAUCACAAAUGACCCAUCAUUGGGAGAGGAUAAGCCUGUGUUUUUCUGCAUCAAAGCAUAUAUAAGCUACAUCAAACAAGAUCAGGCAAUGUGGUACCGAGCUUGCAAGACAUGUAACAAAAAAGUUACCAAAGCUGUUGGGUCUGGCUACUGGUGUGAAGGGUGCCAAAAGGAUGAGAAUGAUUGCAGUUUGAGAUACGUGAUGGUGGUUAAAGUUUUGGAUGCAAGUGGCGAAGCCUAUCUCUCAGUUUUCAAUGAGCAAGCUGAGAAAAUAAUUGGAUGCUCAGCAGAUGAGCUCAAUGAGUUGAGAACUCAGGAUGGAGAUAGCUCAUAUCAGAUGACACUGAAGGAUGCUAUGUGGGUCCCUUACCUAUUUCGAGUUAGUGUGACUCCUCACGAGUACAAUAACGAAAAGAAGCAAAGGAUAACUAUCAGGGCUGUUGCACCAGUCGAUUAUGCAACUGAAUCCAAGUAUUUGCUCGAAGAAAUUUCCAAGAUGAAAAUAUCUAGAUAGAGUUGCACCAUAGUGGAAUCCUUUAAUUUAAACUGUACUUUUUUAUGUGAAUAAUUGACUGCCUUCUAGAGAUCAAAAUUUGUGUCUUCUCAGUACUUGAAUUGAAUGGUUUUGGAUUUUGUUAGCAAGGGUUGUAAUAUAUUAUUCUGACCUUGUCUUGGUUGAAGUAUAUUUCAGUAGAAAUUACAGUGCUUUGAUCAUCUUUCUAGAGUGAAGUGCCACAAAGAUUGCUGUAUUUUGUUUUGGUCUUUGGAGCACAAGUACACAACAUGAUACAAAUGCAUCUGAUGCAUUUGAUGAAAACUUAAAA